UGGAGUUUAGGGAUUGAGAGUUGGGCUUGUCGUUGUUUGUUAGCGGUGGUGAUUCUGGAAUCUCUUAUCGAUUUGUCCAUUGAGGGAAACAUCUUAUGGCGUUUCAAUCAAGAAGCUCAAUCAUCCAAUGUCUCCUUAUUAAUCCUCGAAAAUAAACGUCGACUACCCGUCUAUUUGGUCAUAUUCGGUCUCGCCCAUCUUUGGCAAUUAGUCCUCACUAUCAUCGCUGUCAGAACUCGUAACACCAUCCAAGCUAUCGCAGUGACAAUGUUCAAUUUUGCAUUCCUAGGUUAUGCCGUCAUUGAGAUUUUCGAGCUUCGUCAGAUACUCGGAGACGACUUGAAUCAUUCUUCCCUAUUGACAGUCCCUUUGAACGUUUUGACGGCUGUUGUCAUUGCUGUGGUAGCAGUUGGAUGUUGUCUUCUCGUUGGACUUUCUAUAAAGCUGAGAAAAGAAUUUGGUUGGGAACGAUAUCGAUUUCUUGGUGCAGACUUACAGAUCCGCAAGUUGUACGCUCGAUUUCAAGUGUUUGAAUGUAUUUGUUAUUUCUCCGCUUUCUUUUGCGCUGGGUUUGGAAUACAAUUCAUCUGGCUUGUCCUUCAACCCACCGAUGCGGAAUAUAUCGUCACUUGGAUCAUGUUUCCCUUGUCUAUCAUGUUCCUUGUGGUCGGAAGAUUUGCAGCGAAAUACGAGAACAAAUAUGCCAUGGCCGCUUUCAUGUUCGGUAUCAUCCUAGGAUUAGCUUACUUCAUUUACAAACUCAUUCGUGUAUGGCAACAAACCAAUAUCUAUUCAAACGUUACUAGAUCUCUUACUCUUUUCGAUAUAUUAUCUUUACUAUCUCUAUUACUCUGUAUGGCAUUCGGUAUCACCGUAUGGAAAAACUUCGGUAAAGGGUUAAAACAAGCUAGUAAG